AUGUCGGGGUGCGUGUGGGGCGCGGCGCCGCUGCUGGAGGCGCUGGGCCGGCUGUGGGAGGUGCAGGCGCCGCUGGGCAGCGGCUCCUCGGCCUCCGUCUACCGGGUGCGCUGCUGCGGGGACCCGCGGGUUCCCCCCGGCGCCGUCAAGGAGUUCGUGCCGCCCCCGCCGCGGCCUGGCCCCGCUCGUCGCCCCGGCGCCCGCCCGCCCGCCGCCGACUGCGCUGAGUACGGCUUCCGCAAGGAGCGCGCUGCGCUCGAGCACCUCCGCGGCCACCGCAACAUCGUGACGCUGUAUGGCGUGUUCACCAACCACUACUCUGCCAACGGCCCCUCUCGCUGUCUCCUCCUGGAGCUGCUGGACAUCAGUGUGUCUGAGCUGCUGCUGCACUCCAGCAACCAGGGCUGCUCCAUGUGGAUGAUCCAGCACUGUGCCCGAGACGUUCUGGAAGCCCUGGCAUUCCUACACCACAAAGGCUACGUGCACGCAGACCUCAAGCCACGCAACAUCCUGUGGAGCGCGGAGGAAGAGUGCUUCAAGCUCAUUGACUUUGGACUUAGCUUCAAAGAGGGGAAUCAGGAUGUGAAAUACAUUCAAACAGACGGGUAUCGGGCUCCAGAGGCUGAGCUGCAGAACUGCCUGGCACAGGCAGGGCUCCAGAGCGAGACGGAGUGUACCUCUGCUGUGGAUCUGUGGAGUCUGGGAAUUGUUUUACUGGAAAUGUUCUCAGGAAUGAAACUGAAACAUACAGUCCAAUCUCAGGAAUGGAAGACAAACAGUUCUGCCAUCAUCGAUCGCAUAUUUGCCAGUGAAGGGGUGGUCAAUUCAGCCAUCCCAGCUUAUCACCUCAGAGACCUUAUCAAAAGCAUGCUUCAUUGUGACCAAGGAAAGCGAGCCUCGGCUGAGAAGGCUUUAUGCAGCCCCUUCUUCAGCAUUCCCUUUGCUCCUCAUAUUGAAGAUUUGGUGAUGCUCCCCACGCCCGUGCUGAGGCUGCUAAAUGUUCUGAGUGAUGCUUCUCUGCAGUGUGAAGAAGAAUAUGAAGAUAUCCUGGAAGACAUAAGGGAGGAGUGUCAGAAGUACGGACCAGUGGUUUCCUUGCUUAUUCCAAAGGAGAAUCCUGGUAAAGGCCAAGUCUUUGUUGAAUAUGCAAAUGCUGGUGAUUCCAAAGCUGCCCAGAAAAUGCUGACUGGAAAGAUUUUUGAUGGCAAGUUCGUUGUGGCUACGUUUUAUCCCCUGAGUGCCUAUAAGAGAGGCUAUCUGUACCAAAACCUGCUGUAGGCAGUAGCAACAAUCAGGAAAGCUCUCUUGCUCCUCUUCCUCACAUGUUUUUACAGUUGAAUGUAUGAAAGAGCUUCCUAGCCCUGCUUUUGAGUCAUCUAUGAAGGAGAGAUGCAAAGGACUUGAUUGGGCUUUGAAACCUUUCCUGCUGCUUUGUGGUGUUCAGAGGAGGCCGGGGUGGCUUUCAGCCUGUGCUCCUAUGUGUGUUGUGCUUGCUCGUUUCCAUUGAGGGGGUGGCUUUGCCCUGCUGGGGGCUUGGGUGGCAGGAGUGGUGGCUCUGGGAGGCUGAGCAGAUCUUGGCAGGUGCUUUGAAGUGCUUUGAAGUGAGAACAUUCAAGUGCUGCUAAGGCAAAGACUUUAACUUUGCUCUAGGGAGAGGAUUUCUUUGUUAAGCUUUCUUCUACCUGCGUGUGGGGAGGAGGAGGAGGAAGGCUUCCCUGCUUUGUGUUGGUAUCUGUAGUGAGUAAGGAGGCAGAAGCACCAGCUUCUCUCAACCAAAGCAGGAGGACUGUUGAGCCAUCACAUCAUGUAGAUGUGCUGAAGGAGGCAGUGAAACCAGAUCUGCUGAGCCUACAGGGCUUACCCUGUCACCACCUUGUGGCCUGAGAAGAGCCAUCCAGCUGACCUGGCACAGAUGGCAUGUUGGGCACUGAGGUGUGGCCAAUGGGGCCUGCAGAGAGCUGAAUUUUUUUGUAUCCCUGAGAUGGGCAGGGCCUGAUGGUGGAUGGAUAGAUGUCAUCACUGCAGUGCCAGCCUCAGUCUGGACACAAGGUGUAAGCACUUUGUAGCACGAGGUGGUGUGAAAACUUGUGUAGAGCCCUCUCUGUAGCAUGUGCUCUGUGCUGGCACUGAUGCUCCCUAGCCCUGAUACCAGAUCAUCUGUAAUACCUAAGUGUCUUUAGGUGAUAGUCUUGGAAAGGAGUGCCACAGCAGGCAGGGCUCUUUGUGUCUCAGCAGGACUCCUGCCCUGUGAGUCUCGUAAGAAAGAGCAAACAUUCGUCUGUCAUGGUCCCAUGCUUGGCUUUUCUGUGUUGUGUGCUUUUGGGUUUGGCAUUAACUCACCAGGCUUGUAGAUGAGAAGCACUGAUGCUUUUUGGUCCUUCACAGGUUACACAAAGGGCCUGAGGCAGUCUCAGAUCCUGUAUGGAAAGGGCUCUGUCAGUCAUCAGGUGCGACCUGUGCUGGAUUCUAUGGUCCUGCUCUGGCAGGGGGGUUGGACUGGAUGAUCUCCUGAGGUCCCUUCCAACCCCUAACAUCCUGUGAGCCUGUGAUCAGACUUGAUUGACCAGGAGGAGGUCUUUCCCAGUGUCAGGGACAGCAGCCAGAUGUUUCUGGUGAGAAAAACCUGGGUGAGCAGCAUCACUGCUUUCCCCCAGAGCAUGCUGUGUGGCUUCAGAGCACAGGCAGAAGCUCCUUUGUGCAGCUGCCACCGUGAGGUGGGUGCUGGCUGUUUCCCAAGGGGGUGCAAACCUGUACACCCAGUGGAGCCUCUCCCUGCAGAGGUGAGCACUUUGCUCCUCACAAGUACAGUGUGGAACAGCCCUGUUUAAAGGGGGUCCAGCAUAUUUUGGCUUAUGCCCUGGUGCCAGUUGUAGUGAGGAGGAGAGCCCUUGUGAAUUCUUUUCUCCAACUGAAAUACCUGCAGGCAACUGCCCAAACCAUCUCUGACCUUCCCUGGAGUAAGACCUGAAUUACCUUGCAGUUUAGUUUUUUGUUUGUUUGUUUGUUU